ACAAUCUAGAUCGCUCCACCGGACUUGCCUUACUUUUCCAUCUCCACCCACCCAGCUACACCCUCCCACGGGCAGCGCGGAUGGGACGCCGGCGGGGCCAGCGAGUCUGCGCGAGCUGUCCGAGCAUGCUCAGUAGCGCGCGCGGCGUCCCGGAGCUCCUCCGCGGAACCGCGACCGACGCGGAGGUCUCGGCGGCCGCUGCCGGAGCCACAGGAAGUGAAGCGCUUCCGCCUGGAGACCGCGGCGGCAGGAGCAGAGGCGGAAGGGGUCCUGCGGCGACGACGUCGUCUGCGGGGGUGGCCGAGGGAGCUGAGCACCGAGGGGACUCGCCCGCUCGGAAGCCGGAUCCUGAGCCGGGCAGGAUGGAUCACCACCAGCUGGGGACGGGGCGCUACCAGGUGCUUCUUAAUGAAGAGGAUAACUCAGAAUCAUUGGCCAUAGAGCAGCCAUCUACUUCAAACCCAGCACCACAGAUUGUGCAGGCUGCCUCUUCAGCACCAGCACUUGAAACUGACUCUUCCCCUCCACCGUAUAGUAGUAUUACUGUGGAAGUACCUACAACUUCAGAUACAGAAGUUUAUGGAGAGUUUUAUCCUGUGCCACCUCCCUAUAGUGUUGCUACCUCUCUUCCUACAUACGAUGAAGCUGAGAAGGCUAAAGCUGCUGCAAUGGCAGCUGCAGCAGCAGAAACAUCUCAAAGAAUUCAGGAGGAAGAGUGUCCACCAAGAGAUGACUUCAGUGAUGCAGACCAGCUCAGAGUGGGGAAUGAUGGCAUUUUCAUGCUGGCAUUUUUCAUGGCGUUUAUUUUCAACUGGCUUGGAUUUUGUUUAUCCUUCUGUAUCACCAAUACCAUAGCUGGACGGUAUGGUGCUAUCUGCGGAUUUGGCCUUUCCUUGAUCAAAUGGAUCCUUAUUGUCAGGUUUUCUGAUUAUUUUACUGGAUAUUUCAAUGGACAGUAUUGGCUUUGGUGGAUAUUUCUUGUACUUGGCCUGCUCCUUUUCUUCAGAGGAUUUGUUAAUUAUCUAAAAGUCAGAAACAUGUCUGAAAGUAUGGCAGCUGCUCAUAGAACAAGGUAUUUCUUCUUAUUAUAGAGACUGCAUCAACUCGACAUUCCUUUCUUAUACCAAUGUGAAACUUCCAGAUCAUCGGUAAACCUACAACUUUAAUAGGAUAGAAGACUACUAAUAGCAGAAGACAAAUUAGUGAAGAAAACACAGAGCUUCGAAAUUGAAUGGCAGGGUGGUUUAUGUUUACAAGCCACUUCUGUUCAUUCUUUGAGUAUCUAUGUUUCAUUUGUUUUGCACAUAUGCAUAUGUGCCCAUUUAAGAGAUUUGGAUAUACUUGAAAGAAAUCAUAAAGUUGUAGCACUUAAGUCCAGUCACAUUUGGUUAAUCAGUGUUUGAUAUAAUUGAAAGAGGUGAGUGAUAAACAGUCUUCCAGCAUGUAAAUGCCAUUGACUUUUGACCUGACAUUUAGUAUAAUAAGAAUGAGAUUAUUAACCAUGUCAAA